AUGGCCGCAGUUGCUACAGGAACAGACACUGAUUUGAAAACUUUCCGAGAUUUUCUGAUGCAGUACAACAAUGUCACAGAGCAAUGUUUUGGAGCUUGUGUUAAUGAUAUGACAUCCAGAACUGUUAGCGAGAAGGAAGAGAAGUGCAGCACCAAUUGUUUAGAUAAAUAUCUGAAGAUGACGCAACGGGUAUCUCUCCGAUUCCAGGAACAUCAACUGAUAUCUGCUGAAGCUCAAGGGGCUCCGAUCCCUAGGUCUUAA